AUGUCGCCGCCGCCGCGUCGUCGAUCGGCGCGACUGGCGGGCGUGAUUCCCAAGCCCAAAUCAGCGCCGGAAUUGUCGUCGGUUGCUGAGCACGAUGCCACCACGCUGGCCCGAAACGUGCCCACGAGCCUCGACGUCGUCGUGUCCCCCGCCUCUACGCCCGUACGGCAGAGACCCGUCACCCCCGUAUCCUCGUCUCUCAAGCCCCCACGCAAUGAGAUGCAUCCGAGCAAGACGCAUUUGACGACGGGGAAACCGGAUGUGGCUCUUCGACUCGGCUUCUCCGACGUACCUACCCACAAUGAUGGCCACGCCGCUGGCUUGACCGCGACUCCAUCCAAGGUUGCCGGGCUGCCCUCUUCGCCUUUUACCUUUCGCUUCAGUCGUCAAGUCACGGAUAGCACCUUGAGCGGCGAGGCCCGGCGAAUGAUGGACGAGAUUCGAAGCAAGGCCGUCAAGAUAAAAGAGGACCUCGUGGCCCAACGAGAGGCUGAAGAGCCGCCUGCGGUCGGCGAACGCGUCAUCGCCAUACCCAAGGGAAAAUCCGGUCGCUACAGUGCCGCGCACAUGACCGAGUUCAAGAAAAUGGACUCGAUCGAAAACCAUGCCUCGGCUUGGAGGGCCCAGAACGGUCGCUUUUCUCCCGUUAAAUCUAGCCUCAAGCGUUCCCCUUCCAAGGCCAGCCUCGAUGCAACGCCAACCGCUCCCGCUUCCGCCUUGAAACCUUGUCCUCCAAGGAUGGAGACGUCCCAGCGCCCAAAGUCUGGUUUGAAGCGCACCUCGUCCGUCGCAAAUCUCGGGUACGGGCCUCAGGGGGAGGAGCCAAAGGUGACUGGCAUUCCCACGGCGGUGGCAAGGCCCCUUUCCGCCGUCAAGGAUGUUCGGAAUCUGCCUUCCAUCAAGAGGCAUAAGAAGCGGGAAGAAGAUGAUGCGUCGACUUCACGCCCAGUCGCUCGCGGCGACGGCGGUGCGGAAUCCUUGCCCAAGCCUCGGUCUGGUCUUGCCCGUCUCAUGAGCCCUACCAAAGCUUCCAUGGCCCACGCCGCAGGUCUCAAGAAAGCCACGGGCUCGCUGCCGUCUCCGUCGAAGAUCAAUGCGCCAGCUCCGACUGCGACUGCAUCGAAGAUCACCGUCGGCUCCGUGCUCGGGUCGAUGGAUACGAGACGUCGCAUGGUAAGCCCUCGUCACUUCCAGAAAGCCAAGUCGAUCCUCCGCGGGCAGAGGCUCGACACCGACAGCCCGAGGAGUGCCAUACCCCAACCCGUCCCUCAGGCUCCGCCGGGCCCCGGCCCGCUGCGCAACGGCGGGGAUCUGCCACCGCUGCCUCUGACCACGCCCCGUCGCAAGUUGUCCAAGCGCGUGGCAUUUACGCCGGAGGCUGCCGACCCCGUCACGCCUCAGGAGUCGCCUUCUCGGAAGAAGCUGGCUUCGGCGCUCGGCCGGUCCCCUCUGCGGGCCAUUACGCGGUAUCCUGCGGUUGACGAGGUCUCGUCGGGCUCCCAGCCACAGGACAACCCUUAUCCGGACUUGUCUCCCUUGAAGCGGAUGAUGACGCCGCAGGCGGCAGCCGUCAAGGACGGUUCGGCCUCUGUUCCGGGCAAGUUCACCUUCCGCACCGACCACACCAUCAAGUUCGGCGACGCCCCUGCUGAGGGGUUCGGCGCUUCGCCCGGCCAGGCCGGCCUGCGUCACGUCCGCGGCUCCAUCAUGCCGUUGACGAGCAUACCUGGAAGUUUCCCCGCUCCGCCUUCGCCCAGCUCGCACCCUGACAAGGAGAACACGGUCCCGUCGCCCAACAGGGUGCUGCCCGGAACAGCACAUGGCCUUGCCAACAAGAAGCGGCACCGUGCCAACACCGACGAGGAGGAUGCGGAUGAGGAAGCGGCUAGUCGGGCGGCCAAGAAGCGCAAGAAUGAGAAUGUUCCUGAAGGCCAAGCGCUCCUGGCCCCCCGUUUCAUGGCUGCCGCCGCCGCUGCCGCCGCAACUGCUGCCCACAGUGCCAAGAAGAUUGAUCUCGACCGCACGCCCAUCAAGCCUCGUGGCUGGUCGGCCAGCCCGUCCAAGAAAGGGCCCCUGCUCAGCAUGAGUCGGCUAAACAUGCUCGCCCGGCCGAAGAAACGUGGCUAA